GCGGGACCCAUUUGUGGCAGGGUGUGGAACAUGACGUUGUCGGUUAUUUUUUGUUUCUCUCUCUGCUUCUCCACUAUACACAAACUUAUCUUACAAUACCCUCUGGCUUCAUCACAAGCAACCAAGCUGUCUCUUGUUGGAUAUGUAGUUGGCUUGUUGGAAGCACUGAAGCACAGUCCUUUCUUAACCCACCAAUCCGAUUAUCUUUCCAAAUAACCCUACACCAGAAAAUAAAUUACUCUCUCUCUUUUUCUAUGCACGAUUAGCUAGAGAGAGAGAUAAAGCUGGUGUGGUUGUGGUGGUGGUGGUCGUUACGCUGUGUUUGCUGCCUCUCUUUCUUUCUUUCCUUCUCUCUUAUUAGACUGUGAGUUAGGUCCCAUAAAACCUUGAUUCUCUUGUUUGUUUUUGGCACUCGUUUUAUGUAUUAAUCUUUCUUAAUGCAAUAGCUUCUCCUGUUCUUCUCCAGUCUUGUGUCUGCUGAGAAAAUUAAAAGUUUAGAUUACGCCCUUUUAGCAUCAUUAACUUAGGUCAUUAAACGUCUUUUGUAUUAGGGCAUUUAGUUAGUUAAGCUAUUUCAUAAUAAUAAUUAUUAGGUCGGUAGAAAUAUAAUUAUUCAUUCCCAAGAGCUAGAAUUUAGAAAGUUUUGUCACUACAAAGAAUAGAUCAAGAAAACAAGAUUCAUUUAUAUUGCUGUGGGGUGUGUGAGUAAGCGAUUUUGAGCAUGGAAUUAAGAGGUCAAGAAAAUGAUACGAGAACAUCAGUCCCUUCAAGUUACAGUCAUCAGUCAUCAGGUGUAGAAAGAAGGAAUCAUAAUGGCAACACCACUACAGUCCUAACUUACACCCAAACCCUAGAUCAUCAUAGACAAGCAAGAUCUCCAAACCCAGAUCGAUUUCCAAUCAUUUCUAAAGGAUCCAACUCUAAAACAACCCAUGUUAGGUACCGAGAAUGUCUCAGAAACCACGCCGCCAGCGUCGGCGGGAACGUUUUCGAUGGCUGUGGUGAGUUCAUGCCAGGAGGUGAGGAAGGUAGCCUUGAAGCUUUAAAAUGUGCAGCUUGUGAAUGCCACAGGAAUUUCCAUCGCAAAGAGGUCGAUGGGGAGACUCAAUUUAGCCCUAGUUCAAGAAGGAGUCCAAUGGUUCAUAGUCUUCAAUUGCCGCCACCAUUACCUUCUCCAACAGUACUACAUCAUCAGCAAAGGUAUUCAGUGGGGUUGCACAGUACCAGUCCUACAACCCCAAACAUGGUUCAGCCUAUGACUGUGGCUUUUGGUGGUGGAGGAACUGAGUCUUCAAGUGAAGAUCUUAACGCGUUCCAUUCUAAUGCUGAUGGAGUUCCACCUCCACCUCCGUAUGUCUUAUCGAAGAAAAGGUUUAGGACUAAAUUUACUCAUGAUCAGAAAGACAAGAUGAUGGAGUUUGCUGAGAAAGUUGGGUGGAGGAUUAACAAGCAAGAUGAAGAAGAAGUAGAUAAGUUUUGUGCAGAAAUUGGGGUUAGAAGGCAGGUUUUUAAAGUCUGGAUGCACAAUAAUAAAAAUCUCAAGAAACAGCAACAGCAACAGGAGCAGGAGCAGGAGCAGGAGCCACUGUAAGCAAAUAUGUUAAAGAGCUUGCUUAAAAGAUGACGAGAUUGCUUCAAGGAGAGAGAUGGAUAGGUGUAGAUAUUAAAAGCAUGCUUAUUGUAGGUGAUCAGUGAGAAGGAAUUAAUGUGUUAAACUAAGGAGCUGGGAUUAGCAAGAUUCUUGAAAGUGAAAUCUUCCAUCAGAGCAGAGAUUGUAGAAUCCCCACCAUGUUUUAAUUUUUCUUUUGCUUUCCUCAUUAGCGCCGCUGUUAGUUAGCAAAAGCCUGCAACUAUUUUUUUCUUUAAUGGAAGUAUAUUGGCGUUUCCUCA